UACAAGAUUGUUUCGCAAUCCAAAAACGAGACCAGCGCCUCCUCUCGAGUUACGGCUUUCUCCAUUUCCUACUCACCACCCUGAAGAAAGAAAACUGCAUCUCCUAGAAUCUCCAGAGGAUUACAGAAUACACUUGAGGUUGGAGUGGCUUAUCAGAAGUCAGAAACCCCAAUAGAGUGAGAGAGUUGUUGAUCAAUGGCGUCACAAUCAGAUCACCAGGCUAAGAUAAUUGAUGGCAAAGCCAUAGCACAGACCAUCCGAAAUGAAAUUGCUGAGGAAGUUCGCCAUCUAUCUCAGAAAUAUGGCAAGGUCCCUGGAUUGGCAGUAGUGAUUGUGGGGAGCAGGAAGGACUCCCAAAGUUAUGUCAGCAUGAAGCGAAAGGCAUGUACUGAAGUUGGCAUUAAAUCUGUGGACAUAGAUCUCCCUGAGAAUGUGUCCCUAGAGGAUCUCCUAGCCAAAGUUCAGGAAUUAAAUGUGAAUCCUGAUGUACAUGGCAUACUUGUUCAGCUUCCAUUGCCAAGGCAUAUUAAUGAAGAGAAAGUGUUGACUGAAAUCAGCAUCGAGAAGGAUGUAGAUGGGUUUCAUCCUCUCAACAUCGGCAAGCUUGCAAUGAAAGGCAGAGAGCCUUUAUUCCUCCCUUGCACUCCCAAGGGCUGUCUUGAACUUCUUUCGCGGAGUGGUAUAAGCAUAACGGGAAAGAAAGCAGUGGUGGUGGGAAGAAGUAACAUAGUUGGACUGCCAGUUUCUUUGCUGCUUUUGAAAGCCAAUGCUACUGUUACCAUAGUUCAUUCAAACACUCCUGAUCCAGAGCAUAUCAUUCGUGAAGCGGACAUUAUUAUUGCUGCUGCAGGGCAGGCAAUGAUGAUCAAGGGUAGUUGGAUAAAACCAGGUGCUGCAAUAAUCGAUGUUGGCACAAAUGCUGUUGAUGACCCCAGUAAAAAGACUGGUUAUCGACUGGUUGGGGAUGUAGAUUUCCAGGAAGCAUGUAAGGUAGCUGGAUGGAUAACUCCGGUUCCUGGUGGCGUUGGCCCAAUGACUGUUGCAAUGCUUCUGAAGAACACAUUGGAUGGUGCUAAGCGUGUGAUUGCACAAUAAAGGACCAAAGACAGCUGUUAAUCUGUUCUUAGUCCCCAUAAUAAGCUGUUGCUAAUUUCAGGACACAAUUUUGCAAUGGAGUUUACAGGCUUUGAUGGAAAAUCUUGUGAUUUUCACUGAUAUUGCAUGGUGUUAUGGAUACUUAGUAAAGUAAAUCCUUCCUGACUUUGAUUUCUUU